GCUACAAGUUCAUACUCUAGUAGAAACAUGUCUAAUGUUGAACAGACACCUUUUCCUCCAUGCUGGUAGCAGCUGACGGGGCAGAGCAGAAGAAGAAGAAGCAGCACCUGUAGCAAUAAGGUUCAUAGGAGCAUGGAAGACGUUCCCGAUGGCGACUACACUAAAGACGGCAAUGGAGACACUGUGGACGCCUUAAAAUGGCGUGAAAAAAGUUCUAAGCAAAACGCUGCAGAAGAUACGAAGAUGAAGAGAAGCUCGGGCAGUGAUGCAAAGCCCUCGGACCCUUACCGCUACAGAAUGGACUACCCCUGCAUGGGAACCUGCCUGGUCAUCAACAACAAGAACUUCGACAGGAGCACAGGAAUGAGCUGCAGAAACGGGACGGAUGUUGAUGCUGGUGCCGUGAGGAAGACCUUCACUAACCUGGGCUACAAGGUCAAAGUACUCAACGACCAGAGUGUGGAUGACAUGAAAAAGGAGAUCAGGAAAGUGGCUGCAGACGACCACAGUCAGAACGCGUCGUUCGUCUGCGUGCUCCUGAGUCACGGCGACGAGGGCGUGGUUUACGGCACCGAUGGAUUCGAAAAGUUCGAGGAUCUGAUCAGAUGCCUUAAAGGAGACAAUUGUAAAAGCCUGGUGGGGAAACCAAAGCUGCUCUUCAUACAGGCGUGCCGAGGUUCAGCCCUGGAUGACGGCUGUUCGAUAGAGACGGAUUCUGUGGUAGAUCAGACAUCUGAGCGGAUUCCUGUAGAGGCAGACUUCUUGUACGCGUACUCCACAGCUCCAGGCUACUACUCCUGGAGGAACACGAGCAACGGCUCCUGGUUCAUCCAGUCUCUGUGUAAAAACCUGGAUAAGUUCAGCGGACAGCUGGAGCUGAUGCAGAUCAUGACCCGAGUCAACCACCAUGUGGCGUUGGACUUUGAGUCUGCAUCCAACCUGCCCGGGUUUGACUACAAGAAGCAAAUCCCCUGUAUUGUGUCGUUGUUGACCAAAGAUUUCUACUUCCAUAAUAAACAAUAAACGAUCUGAAUCC